AUGAUCGAACAAACCAUCUCUUCUUCCCAUUUGUCUCUUCAUAUCUAUCUAUCUAUCUGUUCAGAUCUAUGUAUGUAUCUAUCUAAGUCUGUUGGUAUCUAUCUAUCUAAGUCUGUUGGUAUCUAUCUAUCUAAGUCUGUUGGUAUCUAUCUAUCUAAGUCUGUUGGUAUCUAUCUAUCUAAGUCUGUUGGUAUCUAUCUAUCUAAGUCUGUUCAGAUCUAUCUAUCUAAGUCUGUUCAGAUCUAUCUAUCUAAGUCUGUUCAGAUCUAUCUAUCUAAGUCUGUUCAGAUCUAUCUAAAUCUAUCUAUCUAUCUAUCUAUCUAUCUAAGUCUGUUCAGAUCUAUCUAUCUAUCUAUCUAUCUAUCUAAGUCUGUUCAGAUCUAUCUAUCUAUCUAUCUAUCUAAGUCUGUUCAGAUCUAUCUAUCUAUCUAUCUAAGUCUGUUCAGAUCUAUCUAUCUAUCUAUCUAUCUAUCUAAGUCUGUUCAGAUCUAUCUAUCUAUCUAUCUAUCUAAGUCUGUUCAGAUCUAUCUAUCUAUCUAUCUAUCUAUCUAUCUAAGUCUGUUCAGAUCUAUCUAUCUAUCUAUCUAUCUAUCUAAGUCUGUCAGAUCAUCUAAGUCUGUUCAGAUCUAUCUAUCUAAGUCUGUUCAGAUCUAUCUAUCUAAAUCUAUCUAUCUAAGUCUGUUCAGAUCUAUCUAUCUAAGUCUGUUCAGAUCUAUCUAUCUAUCUAAGUCUGUUCAGAUCUAUCUAUCUAAAUCUAUCUAUCUAUCUAAGUCUGUUCAGAUCUAUCUAUCUAAGUCUGUUCAGAUCUAUCUAUCUAAGUCUGUUCAGAUUCAUCUAUCUAUCUAUCUAAAUCUAUCUAUCUAUCUAUCUAAGUCUGUUCAGAUUCAUCUAUCUAUCUAUCUAAAUCUAUCUAUCUAUCUAUCUAUAUCAUUAUCUAUUCAUCUAUUAUCUAUCUAUCAUCUAUCUAAGUCUGUUCAGAUCUAUCUAUCUAUCUAUCUAUCUAUCUAUCUAAGUCUGUUCAGAUCGAUCUAUCUAUCUAAGUCUGUUCAGAUCUAUCUAUCUAAGUCUGUUCAGAUCUAUCUAUCUAUCUAUCUAAAUCUAUCUAUCUAUCUAAGUCUGUUCAGAUCUAUCUAUCUAUCUAAGUCUGUUCAGAUCUAUCUAAGUCUGUUCAGAUCUAUCUAUCUAAGUCUGUUCAGAUCUAUCUAUCUAAGUCUGUUCAGAUCUAUCUAUCUAUCUAUCUAUCUAUCUAAGUCUGUUCAGAUCUAUCUAUCUAAAUCUAUCUAUCUAUCUAAGUCUGUUCAGAUCUAUCUAGCUAUCUAUCUAUCUAUCUAUGUCUGUUCAGAUCUAUCUAUCUAUCUAAGUCUGUUCAGAUCUAUCUAUCUAUCUAUCUAUUUAAGUCUGUUCAGAUCUAUCUAUCUAUCUAAGUCUGUUCAGAUCUAUCUAAAUCUAUCUAUCUAUCUAAGUCUGUUCAGAUUCAUCUAUCUAUCUAAGUCUGUUCAGAUCUCAUCUAGCUAUCUAUCUAUCUAUCUAAAUCUAUCUAUCUAUCUAUCUAAGUCUGUUCAGAUCUAUCUAUCUAUCUAUCUAUCUAAGUCUGUUCAGAUCUAUCUAUAUUAUCUAAAUCUAUCUAAGUCUAUUCAUAUCUAUCUAAGUCUGUUCAGAUCUAUCUAUCUAUCUAAGUCUGUUCAGAUCUAUCUAUUUAUCUAUCUAUCUAUCUAUCUAAGUCUGUUCAGAUCUAUCUAUCUAUCUAUCUAUCUAUCUAUCUAUCUAAAUCUAUCUAUCUAUCUAUCUAUCUAUCUAUCUAUCUAUUAUCUAAGUCUGUUCAGAUCUAUCUAUCUAUCUAUCUAUCAUCAUCUAUCUAUCUAUCUAUCUAUCUAUCUAUCUAAGUCUGUUCAGAUCUAUCUAUCUAUCUAUCUAUCUAAAUCUAUCUAUCUAUCUAUCUAUCUAUCUAAGUCUGUUCAGAUCUAUCUAUCUAUCUAUCUAUAUAUCUAUCUAAGUCUGUUCAGAUCUAUCUAUCUCAGUGUGUUUGCAUCUCAGUCUGUUCAUAUCGAUCUAUCUAUUUAUCAAACAAUCUAUCUAUCUAUGUCAUUUUUUCAUAACUAUCUACAUAUUUAUUGA